ACAUGAUUUGAUGGUCCCACGUGUGACACAGGAGCAACUUCGGUGUGCAUGUGGUUCAACUUUAACGCCAUGAAUUUAUUAAGAUAAACAUCGUAAACAAGCCUUCGUAAUCCUCCAACAUGUUGUUUGGAAAAGAUGUGCCAUGGCGGCAUUUGGAGGGCAUGUCGUUUGGCAUGUACUCUGCCGAGGAGAUAAGGAAGUUGAGCGUGAAGACGAUCACUAGUUCCAGGUUCCUGGAUGCUGUGGGGAACGUGGCCCCUAACAGCCUGUACGAUCUGGCCCUCGGCCCAGUAGACAGCAAAGAGGUGUGUUCAACAUGCUGCCAGGACUUCAACAACUGUCCAGGACACUUCGGACAUGUCGAGCUACCUCUUCCUGUGUACAACCCGCUGUUGUUUGAUAAACUCUACCUGUUGAUUCGUGGUUCCUGUCUCUCGUGUCACAUGUUGACCUGCACCCGAGCUGCCAUCCACCUGCUGCUGCAGCAGCUCAAGUUGUUGGACCAUGGAGCCAUGCAGGAGGUCUACCGAAUAGAACAAGUUCUCAACCAGCAUCUGGAGGAGAAUCCGAAGGCAACUGGUGACGAGAUUGAGCAGGUACUCAGAGAUUUUACGGACAAGAUCGUUGGAGGCUCUGCUGGAGGCUCCAAUAACUUAAAACCGAUUAAACAUCUUGUUGAAAAGAAGAGCAGUCUGAUAAAUGACUUCUGGAGGGUCCAUAUGAAAACCAGGAAGUGCCCUUACUGCAGGACUGGAAAGUUUACCUUGCGGCGGGAACACAACAGUAAGCUGAUUGUUACAAUGCCAUCAGGACCAAAGACCGCUGGCAAAACUGACGAGGAUCUAAUGGCUGGGAAGAGAGUCUACCUGACGGCUAGUACUGCGAGAGAACACACCAACAAACUGUGGGAGAAAGAAGGUUACUUCUUGAAGUGUCUCUUCUCUGGGCUGGAGGAGGGGAUGGUAUCUCAGGAGGGGGGGGCAAACUCCUAUACAGACCUCUUCUUUCUCGAGCUACUGGUAGUCCCACCAGCCAGGUACCGUCCCAUCAAUCGGCUGGGCGACCAGAUGUUUACAAACGGUCAGACGGUCAACAUGCAGGCCACCAUGAAGGACUGCGAGAUCAUAAGGAAACUUCUGGCUCUCAUAGCACAGGAGACAACUACUCAGGAGGAAGAGGCUCCAGAACAAACAGACCAGACGUUUCUGACUGGUAUUCCCGGAGUGACGUUAACAGAUAAACUCUACAACAUCUGGAUCCGCCUACAGACCCACGUCAACAUCGUGUUCGACAGCGACAUGGACAAAAUGAUAACAGAGAAAUACCCCGGAAUCAGACAGAUCUUGGAAAAGAAGGAUGGGUUGUUCCGGAAACACAUGAUGGGAAAACGAGUGGACUUCGCUGCUCGUUCGGUCAUCUGUCCAGACAUGUACAUAGGGACGAAUGAAAUCGGAAUACCGAUGGUGUUUGCCACCAAGCUGACCUACCCUCAGCCUGUCACCCCAUGGAACGUGAAGGAGCUCCGUCAGGCCAUUAUCAACGGGCCUAACGUCCACCCCGGUGCUUGCAUGGUGAUAAAUGAGGAUGGCAGAAGAACAAUCCUAUCAGCCAGCAGUCUUGCACAGAGGGAGGCUGUUGCUAAGCAACUGCUGACACCCUGCCCUGGUCCCCAAAAGAUGCCCAUGAAGAUUGUGAAUCGUCACAUAAAGAACGGAGAUGUUCUUUUGUUAAACAGACAACCGACUCUGCACAGACCCUCCAUUCAAGCCCACUGUGCACGCAUCUUACCGGGAGAAAAGGUACUACGGCUCCACUAUGCCAACUGUAAGGCGUACAACGCUGACUUUGAUGGAGAUGAAAUGAACGCACACUUCCCUCAGAGCGAGCUGGGCCGAGCCGAGGCCUACACCUUAGUCAGCACUGACCAGCAGUACCUCGUCCCCAAGGAUGGAAAACCUUUAGCGGGGCUGAUCCAGGACCACAUGGUAUCAGGUACAAGGAUGACAAUCCGAGGCUGCUUCUUCACCAGAGUCCAGUACACUGAGCUGGUGUACAGAGGACUGACUGACAAACCAGGCAGAGUCAAACUGCUGCCUCCGGCCAUCCUCAAACCACAGCCGCUGUGGACGGGGAAGCAGGUUGUGUCUACGCUGCUGUUGAACGUCAUCCCACAGAAUGCCGUGCCUCUCAAUCUGGUCGGCAAAUCCAAAAUCCCCAGCAAAGCCUGGAUUCAAGUCCCACCCCGAGCCGCCCCAGGAUACAAACCUGACAGCAUGUGUGACUCACAGGUGGUGAUCCGUCACGGGGAGCUGCUGGUGGGGGUCCUGGACAAAGCUCACUACGGCUCCUCAGCCUACGGCCUGGUGCACUGCUGUUAUGAGCUGUACGGAGGACAGACCAGCGGCAAACUGCUCAGCUGCCUGGCUCGACUCUUCACCGCCUACCUGCAGCUUUACAGAGGCUUCACUCUGGGUGUUGAAGACAUUUUAGUGAAGCCAGGUGCCAACAAGAAGAGGACGAAAAUCAUCCAAGAAUCGCUGAAGAUCGGCACCAAAGCCCUACAGGCAGCCUUCAACCUGCCGCCAAAUGUGGAUCAAGCUGAGGCUCGGAGCCGCUGGCAGGAUGCUCACCUCAACCCAGACCAGAGAGACUUCAGCAUGGCUGAUCACAAGUUCAAGGAAGUGGCUAACCAAGUGAACAACGACAUAAACAAGGUGUGCAUGCCCAUCGGACUCCACACCUCUUUCCCAGACAACAACCUACAGCUGAUGGUCCAAUCAGGAGCCAAGGGGUCUACUGUAAACACCAUGCAGAUUUCAUGUCUACUGGGGCAGAUUGAGUUGGAGGGUCGUAGGCCUCCACUGAUGCCCUCUGGGAAGUCCUUGCCAUGCUUCCAGCCAUAUGACCCUUCACCUGGUGCAGGGGGCUUCGUUUCUGGAAGGUUCCUCACGGGCAUCAAACCACAGGAGUUUUUCUUCCAUUGUAUGGCCGGCAGAGAGGGUCUGGUCGACACAGCUGUGAAAACCUCCAGAUCAGGAUACUUGCAGAGAUGUGUCAUAAAGCAUCUGGAGGGUUUGGUAGUGCAGUAUGAUCUGACGGUCAGGGACAGUGAUGGAUCUGUGGUCCAGUUCCUGUACGGUGAAGACGGCUUGGACAUCCCCAAGACUCCGUUCCUGCAGCCGAAACAGUUCCCGUUCCUAGAGGACAACUAUGAGGUCAUCAACGGGUCACAGGGCCUGGACAGUGUGUUGGCUCGUUUGGAUCCUCAGACUGCCAGUCAGCACUUUGCAGCCAUCCAGCGCUGGAAAGCAAAGAGAGAGACGGCAUGUCCACGGAGAGGAGCAUUCUUGCUGUUUUCACAGAAGAAGUUGGCCAAAGUGAAAGAGGCCGAGCCGACAGCAGAGCCAGAUGUUAACGGCAGAAAAGCGACCACACAGCAGCUCAUACAGCAGUGGAACUCUCUGGAUGAAUCCAGCAGAUCCAAGUACAGCAGGAGGACCUCCCGCUGCCCCGAGCCCUCCCUGGGCGUGUUAAGGCCAGACGUCAGCUUCGGAUCGGUAUCUGAAAACUUUCACAGCAUCACGGACAAAUACAUGCAGAACAGAGACGGAGCAAGACAAGACAGCCUGGAUGCCAACAGCCUUCGCCAGCUGUUGUACUAUAAGUGGCAGCGAUCGCUGUGUGAUCCCGGGGAAGCAGUGGGUCUGCUGGCAGCUCAGUCCAUAGGCGAGCCCUCCACACAGAUGACCCUCAACACCUUCCACUUUGCUGGCAGAGGAGAGAUGAACGUCACUUUGGGAAUACCUCGAUUGAGAGAGAUCCUGAUGGUGGCCAGCUCCAACAUUAAAACUCCCAUGAUGAGCGUUCCAGUGCUGAACAACAAGAAAGCCUUGAAGAGGGCCAAGACGCUACGAAAGCAGCUCACCAGAGUCUGUCUGUCUGAGGUGCUGCAGAAGGUGGAUGUGGUCGAGACUCUGCAGAUUGAGAACCAUUUCAAAUCGCGAAAGUUUAAAGUCACUUUCCACUUCCUGCCUCCUGAGCGUUACAGUGAAGAUAAGCUGCUGUCCCCCGAACAAAUUCUGCACUACAUGGAAACCAGGUUUUUCCGUCUCCUCCUUGAAGCCAUUAAGAAGCGUAGUGCCAAGCUGGCUUCCAUCGCCGUGGAAACAAGGAAGGCCACCCUCAGAGAUAAGGACCAGGAUGGUGAUGCAACAGCUGACACAGCAGGGUUGGAUGACGCGGAAGAGGAGAGAGAGAUCGUGGAUGACCAGGGGAACGAGGGAGAUGCUGAUGCUUCAGAUGCCAAGAGAAAAGACAAACAGGAAGAGGAGGUAGACUACGACAGUGAGGAGGAGGUUGGAGGCGAUGAAGGCGAGGAUAAAGACGAACAGGAGGAGGACGAGAAGGAGGAGGAGAAUGAAGAGAACACUCCUGAGGAGUCCCAGCCUCAGUCCGCAGGGGGGAGAGUGACGAGGAAGAAGAAGCGAUCAAAAAGAGCAGAAGGAGAGGCAGAGGACAGUUUGAAUGAGAUGAGAGUGAACUCUGUGCUGCAGUCCAACCCAGCGAUAGAGAGAUACUGUUAUGAUAUCCGGCAUGAACUCUGGUGUGAGGUUGACCUGGUGUUGCCAGUGAGCAAGGUGCACUUCGACUUGACCUCGGUCCUCUCAGCGCUGGCCCAGAACGCAGUCAUUAUGGAGACCAAAGGCCUGACGCGCUGCCUCCUGAGCGAAGUCACAACAAAGACGGGAGAGAAAGAGACGGUUCUCAACACGGAGGGGAUCAACAUGCACGAGUUGUUCAGGCACAGUGAUAUCUUAGACAUCAACAGAUUGUACUCCAACGAGGUCCAUGCCAUGGCUAAGACCUACGGGAUAGAAGUGGCUCUGAAGGUCAUCGAGAAGGAGAUCAAAGAUGUCUUCGCUGUCUACGGUAUCGAAGUGGACCCCAGACAUUUGUCACUGGUCGCAGACUACAUGUGUUUUGAAGGUGUCUACAAGCCAUUAAACAGGCACGCCAUUCAGUCCAACUCCUCCCCUCUGCAGCAGAUGACCUUUGAGACCAGCUACAAAUUCCUCAAACAGGCAACAAUGUUGGGCUCACAUGACCAGCUGGUGUCCCCCUCAGCCUGUCUUGUGGUUGGAAAGGUCGUCAAAGGUGGAACUGGAAUUUUUGAACUGAAGCAACCUCUCCAGUAGUCAGCUGUAAUUACUGGUUGCUUUCCAUCCUUAGAGUUUGGAUAUAUGACAUGGACUAAUAUAAUGACGGAGCAGGAGUGUGACACACUUUCAACUUAAUCCUGUGGAUAUGAAAUUCUUUAAAACAGUAGUGGAAUAUAUUUUGCUCCUGAAUUUAAAAACUUUACAAUUAUUUUGACCGAAUCUGUGUAAAAUAAAGUUCACCCCACUUGAGAUGAAUGCAAUCACCAAAGCAGUCAUUGUAUUACUUUAUGAAGACUGUGGGAGUUUACAACACAAAGAAUUAUAGCAGCAUAAAGCCUGGUAAACAACAAACACUGUUUGUCUUGUUUGUAUUUUAUAAUAAAGUUAAAAUUAUGUUUACAUA